UCCGCCCCCGGAGCCCCGCCCCUUCCCGGCCGCCAUCUCCCAGCACCGGGAAUCUCCACUCACCCGCUACCAUGGCAACGUCCCCCCAGAAAUCCCCCUCCACCCCAAAAUCCCCGACCCCCCGUUCGCCCCCCACCCGCAAGAAGGAGGAUUCAUUCCUAGGGAAACUAGGGGGAACCCUGGCCCGGAGGAAGAAAGCCAAGGAAGUGUCUGAACUGCAGGAGGAAGGGAUCAAUGCCAUCAAUUUACCUCUCAAUCCAAUCCCCUUCGAGCUGGACCCGGAGGAUACCAUGCUUGAGGAAAAUGAAGUCAGAACCAUGAUUGAUCCGUAUUCAAGAAGUGAUCCUCGAUUACAAGACCUAAUGAAGGUCCUAAUCGACUGGAUUAAUGAUGUUCUGGUCGGAGAGAGGAUUAUUGUGAAAGACCUGGCUGAGGACCUGUAUGAUGGGCAGGUUUUACAGAAACUUUUUGAGAAGCUCGAGGGCCAGAAACUCAAUGUCGCUGAAGUCACGCAGUCGGAAAUAGCUCAGAAGCAGAAGCUGCAAACUGUGCUGGAAAAGAUCAACGAGACACUGAAACUUCCGCCCCGUGGCGUCAAGUGGAACGUUGACUCUGUUCAUGCCAAGUCAGUGGUGGCCAUCCUGCAUCUCCUAGUAGCCCUCUCCCAAUACUUCCGGGCUCCCAUCCGCCUUCCAGAUCACGUCUCCAUACAAGUUGUGGUUGUUCAGAAGCUGGAUGGGAUGCUGCAGUCUCGCCAAAUCCAGGAGGAGAUCACGGGGGAUACGGAGGCCUUGUCAGGAAGACACGAGCGAGAUGCAUUUGACACUCUCUUUGAUCACGCUCCAGACAAACUCAAUGUGGUGAAAAAGACUCUGAUCACAUUUGUUAACAAGCAUCUGAAUAAGCUGAAUUUGGAGGUGACAGAGCUGGAGACUCAGUUUGCAGACGGAGUGUACCUCGUGCUUUUGAUGGGGCUACUGGAGGGCUACUUUGUACCCCUGUAUAAUUUCUUCUUGACUCCAGACAGCUUCGAACAGAAGGUAGUCAAUGUGUCGUUUUCAUUUGAACUUAUGCAAGAUGGAGGUUUGGAAAAGCCUAAACCAAGGCCGGAAGAUAUUGUCAACUGUGAUUUGAAGUCCACAUUGAGAGUCCUGUACAACUUGUUUACUAAAUAUCGAAGCGUGGAUUAAGGCGUGGUGGUGGCACCGUGACGCAGAUUCCAAGAAUGGCAAUUUCCGAUCGCUAUGUUACUUUAUAUUAACUUUAAAAGGGAACAUUUAUUUGUCUUAUUUUAUUUUACAUUUUAAAACAUGUGUUCUGUUUUAUGUUGCACCUGAAUUUAAACUGCCCAUCCACAUUUUAACAUUCCCUCUAUUGCAGAGCAGCUGCUCCUUUUAAAGCAUUAUUGAAUAUGACUUGGGGUCAAUUUAUAGGCUAAUCACGCACUGGUUUUUGUUAGCAAUUUUUCACUGAAAUACUCCUAGUGACUCCUAAAAGAGAAUUAAUCCCAUCUUUUCUGCUUAUUCUGAGUACCUUCCUACUGUGAUCUCUCAGUGACGGGGCAGCCUUAGCUGUGGGGCAGGGUCCCUCCUCAUGCCAUAAUAAUUGCAAUAAAUUUCACUUUUUAUUGUGCUUGGAUUGUCCCUGUAACCUAAUGGCACUGUAAUGAGCAAUGAUGUAAUGACAAUCGCCUUCUGAAUUUGUCGUUUUCAUGGUUUUAUUUCAAGCAUAACUGGCUUUUUAUUAUGAAUUAUCCCUUAAUACUAGUUAUAUUCUUCACCCUGAAUGUUAGUUUAUUUCCUUACAGCCUUUACAGACCUGGCAAACGCAAGCAGGGGACUCAAACAACAUUUAAAGCACAGACUAUAUAUAUCAGCUCUGCGGAAUAUGUUGGCGCUAUAUACGUAAUUGCAUAUAUAACCAUGUCUUGAUAUGUAGAUGAAAGUCUAAUUGGAUUCCUCUUUCAGUCCAUUCCGCCUAAGAUGAGACUGGUUUAGUAAGAACAGAUUUUAACUCAAGGGAGAUGAUCUUUCCUAACAAGAGCUGUAAGUUCCCUAUGAGUUUUUAAACCACUGUGGCUUGGACAGAGAUUGAGAAAGAAUUACUCCUUCUUUAUUGUAUAUAGCAAUCAUACCUAGUUAUGUAGUGUCAGAGUUUAUCAGUAGUACACUCACAGCAUUCCCACUACCCCAGGGAUAAUCUGUCUUUGCUAAGCCUUGUGUAGGUACUGCAGGAUAUAGUUAAAACUAUAAGCAAAUCAUGUCCAUUACUUAUAUAAUCAUUCAUUCAAUUAUCUUAGCUACUUAAUGUGUGACUGAGAGAUUUAGAGAGAUCAUUCAGGGAUUUCAUUGCAAGCCAUAUUAUCAACUAAAAAUGGUGCUAUAUUUAUACAGUAGGAUAUGGACUAUGUUAUAUAUAUGCCUAUCAGUUAAAGGGGCCGAUCAGGUUUUCAAUCCCUAACAUAUUAAUUUCUUUAUUUCCCAGUAGGACUGCCACCAUGCAAUGCGGGAUCUUUAAUCAUAAGGCGGUACGUCUGUAAUUAGUGGGAGCUAGCCCUCUCCCUUGCUGAAAUCAUGGUGGUAGAUGCCACCUGGGAGUGCCGUUCUCACUAAUCUCAUACAGACUUGGACAUGAAUUAUUAAACCCUAAAAGUAACACUAACCUUAGACCUAGAAACCAUGUAAUGUACAUGCUGUAGCUUGUAUUAGGGUAAACAGUGCCUCUCAAUCCUUAAACCUCUCUAGAACCCCUCAAUGGCAAUAUCUCCCCAUAAUUCACGGCUCUCUGAUAUGUAUCCUAUAAUAUACACCCCAUUACAUUAGGUAGUAAUUACAUCUAGACCCCAGAACAUACUUGGAAAUUAGUGACAUUCUUAAUGUCCGAGUUAAAAAUAUGCUAUUAUCAUUAUAUUAUGCCACAACUGGACUCUGCAAUAUUCCUGCCCAUAUAAUAUGUAAUGUAUUCUUCAAAUGUAUCCUCUAAUUAACACAUUGCACUUUUAUUUAUUCCUCACACUCUAUCUGAUGGAUUUUAAGUUCCAGUAGAAUUCUAUAAAUACACCACACGAACGUUAUGGAAAUCAAAUAUGAUUGGCACGAAUUGUAUUUGACACUAUCCACAGCUACACUUUUCGUCUAGUCAGCGCAGGUUAGGCAAACAGUGAUAAGUGGAGUUUAUUUAGAAAUGCUGCCCAAUACUUCGAAGUAAAAUGGAAACAUUUGUUUAUAAAUACACUGGGGAAACUGACGCUUUCUUUUUAACCUGGUAACCUAUGAUUCUCCCAGGUAAGCCAUCUAGCAGUGAUUCUUGGCCGUACACACUACAUUCCCCACAAUGCUUAGCCAGCCUGUUGUUUUAAAAGUACAUAUUCCAUGAAGCACAGCCGGAGUUUCAUGGGAAAUGUCAUUCAUAAAUAUCUAGAGCAGCCAUCACUGCCAUGCUACAAGUAUCAUAUAGCCUAAGCUUGUGUCAUUCCAAAUCCCUUCUCAAAAAAGGCUGCAAAUGAAGAAUGUUCCUUAAAUCUCUACACUGCCUGUUUGCAUUCUCUUCAUCAUUCUGUGAUCUCCAGUUACAAAUUUAUUUGCAUCUACGUACAAAUAUAUAUAUAUAUUUUUUGCUAUUAUCAAAGCGAACAGUAAUAUAAAAUGUUAUCUUUUUUAUUGUAUUGCCAAGUAUGCCUUUUCACUGAAAAUAAAGAGCUCUAUUCAUUGAUAAAAACA